CCCACCUCCGGGGGCGCGCGCGGGGACGAGCUCGCAGCGACGCGCUCCGAGGCGGCAGCGCGCCCGGCCUCGCUGGCGCUUCCGGUAGCGGCGGAGGCGGCGCCGAGUGGGACCGGGGAGCGGCGGCCGGGGGGAAGCGUCCGCAAAGAUGUCUGGGGAGCUGCCACUGAACAUUAACAUCAAGGAGCCUCGAUGGGAUCAAAGCACUUUCGUGGGACGAGCCAACCAUUUCUUCACUGUGACUGACCCCAGAAACAUUCUGUUAACAAACGAACAACUAGAGAAUGCCAGAAAAAUAAUACAUGAUUACAGACAAGGAGUUGUUCCUCCAGGUCUUACAGAAAAUGAAUUAUGGCGAGCGAAGUACAUCUACGAUUCUGCCUUUCAUCCUGACACUGGUGAAAAGAUGAUUCUGAUAGGAAGGAUGUCAGCUCAGGUCCCAAUGAACAUGACCAUCACAGGCUGCAUGAUGACAUUUUAUAGGACCACUCCCGCUGUGCUCUUCUGGCAGUGGAUCAACCAGUCUUUCAAUGCUGUCGUUAACUACACCAAUAGAAGUGGAGACGCCCCGCUCACUGUAAAAGAACUGGGGACAGCUUAUGUCUCUGCAACAACUGGUGCUGUGGCAACAGCUCUAGGACUUAAUGCAUUAACCAAGCAUGUCUCACCACUGAUUGGACGUUUUGUUCCCUUUGCUGCUGUAGCUGCUGCCAAUUGCAUUAAUAUUCCAUUGAUGAGGCAAAGGGAACUCAAAGUUGGCAUUCCCAUCACUGACGAAAAUGGGAACCGCUUGGGUGAAUCAGCAAAUGCUGCAAAGCAAGCCAUCAUGCAAGUUGUCAUCUCUAGGAUUCUCAUGGCAGCCCCCGGCAUGGCCAUCCCUCCGUUUAUCAUGAACACUUUGGAAAAGAAAGCAUUUAUGAAGUCUUUGUGUUUCUCCUUUUACGUUGACACUCCCGAUGUUCCCUUUGUCCAGAGGAGUCUGCUGGGGUACCAGGAGGUUCCCUUGGAUGAGUGCACCUAUACAGGUUGGAUUAGUUGGCUUCUGUCUGGUGUUCGCCACGCCGCUGUGCUGUGCGCUGUUUCCUCAGAAAAGUUCUAUGUCUGUGACAAGCUUGGAGGCUGACCUGCAAGCCAAGAUCCAAGAGCGUCAUCCUGAAUUACAACGUGUGUACUUCAACAAGGGCUUGUGAAGCAGGGGAAGAAACCUGGAUGGUUAAUCCUGCCUCCUGCAAAGCCAGCAUGGCCACAUCCACAACAAAAAUCUUGUUCAGUCUGGGUUCUCCCAGUUUAAAAAAAAAGGAAAAAAAAAAAAAAAAAAAAAAAAAAAAAAAACCUUUGGAGAUUCACAUUAGCCUUUUAGAAAAAGCUGCUACUUAGAACAUGGCGCCUGCUGCAGGUCAGGUGCCUGGUACCUAUUGGCUCCCAUACAUUUGAAUCAUGUUGUGAUUUUCAGAAAUACCCUUCCUGUAGCUUUUAUGGUAACUAUUUUUCAAAGACAAUCUCCUACCCCUAAGCCAGGGUUUAAAAGUACUUCUAGGUAUAGAGUAGGUGCUCAGCGUCUGCUCCUCAGUAAGUGAAGAGGUGAUCUGCUCAAAGUAAGAAAGAAGUCUCCUUCCCACUUCUGUUUCAAAUCAAGGAGGUCUCAGCAGUCAAUUUGGAAAAUGCAAAAGCUCUGGGAUCAAAUGUAGAAAUUUAAAUACCAAGGAAACUUGUCUGUGCCAUGAGCCAGACCAAAGUAGAUGCCGAAGGUUUGGUUUUCCUUUAGUAGAGCUAAAGCUCCUUUGUGUCCUGGAAGUCACAAUCAUAAACCAGCGCACUGCACCUUCCCUGCUGUUAACAACUGAAGGCAUUCAUAUUGUUGGUGGAUUUUACUGGUUGACUUUUGAAUUUUUUUAUUUUAUAUUCUUUUAAAGCUAUUCAUCUUACUUUGAAGUUACUGACUUUAUGUUCAGUUAUUUCCAUCAAAUCAUCAAGUUACCUAACUUUACAAAUAGCAAUUUUAGACAUGUUUCAGUAAUAGUGCUGUGUGGCUCUAAUAAACCUGGUGUGUUGGAUUUUUUAGAAGUGGGACCACAGUUCCAGCCCCUCACAUGUCAUUCCUUGCCCUCCUUAUUUAUCUUGUUGGCUUUCAGAAAGAUACAAAAAUAAUUUGUCUAUAAAUCAGCAACUGUGAGUUUUACUUGAAUGUUGUGUAUUACAUUCCACUGUGUUUGAGGAUGAGGAAACCAUGUGCCACUGUUUACAUCACUAAUAAUUUGACAUAUAUUUAAUGUAACAUUGUUUCAAGUCUGUAGAUCUUCAGUGUCAUCUGCAAGGCAGUUUGGCUGAGUGUAGAUCAUUGUAAUUCAUAGAUUUGUAAGUAAAAAAAACAUUUAGAAACUAGUUUUGAUGGAUCAUUUUUUCCUGCCUAACAAUGUGUCCAGACUGAAUCUCCUCAUAAAGAAAAACUGGUGUGCCUUG